UCCGCAGCUCGCGCCCGCCCGGCGCCGGGCCAUGGCGCUGCUGCGGGACGUGUCGUUGCAGGAUCCGCGGGACCGCUUCGAGCUGCUGCAGCGCGUGGGGGCCGGGACCUAUGGCGACGUCUACAAGGCCCGCGACACGGUCACGUCCGAACUGGCCGCCGUAAAGAUAGUCAAGCUAGACCCAGGAGACGACAUCAGUUCCCUACAGCAGGAAAUUACCAUCCUGCGGGAGUGCCGGCACCCCAAUGUGGUAGCCUACAUCGGCAGCUACCUCAGGAAUGACCGCUUAUGGAUCUGCAUGGAAUUCUGCGGAGGGGGGUCCCUGCAGGAGAUCUACCAUGCCACGGGGCCCCUGGAGGAGCGGCAGAUUGCCUACGUCUGUCGAGAAGCGCUCAAGGGCCUCCACCACUUGCAUUCUCAGGGCAAGAUCCACAGGGACAUCAAGGGCGCCAACCUGCUCCUCACACUCCAGGGAGACGUCAAGCUGGCUGACUUUGGGGUGUCGGGUGAGCUGACGGCAUCUGUAGCCAAGCGGAGAUCUUUCAUCGGAACUCCGUACUGGAUGGCUCCAGAGGUGGCUGCCGUAGAGCGCAAAGGUGGCUACAACGAGCUGUGUGACGUGUGGGCGCUGGGCAUCACGGCCAUCGAGCUGGGUGAACUGCAGCCCCCUCUGUUCCACCUGCACCCCAUGAGGGCCCUGAUGCUUAUGUCCAAGAGCAGCUUCCAGCCGCCCAAGCUGAGAGAUAAGACUCGCUGGACCCAGAAUUUUCACCACUUCCUCAAGCUGGCCCUGACCAAGAAUCCCAAAAAGAGGCCAACGGCAGAAAAGCUGCUGCAGCACCCGUUCACCGCCCAGCCACUUCCCCGGGCGCUCCUCACACAGCUCCUGGACAAGGCCAAUGACCCUCACCUGGGGACCCCGUCCCCUGAAGACUGUGAGCUGGAGACUUACGACAUAUUCCCCGACACCAUCCACUCCCGCGGCCAGCACGGCCCGGCUGAAAGGACGCCCUCCGAGAUCCAGUUUCACCAGGUGAAAUUUGGGGCCCCGCGCAGGAAGGAGACGGACCCGCUGAAUGAGCCGUGGGAGGAGGAGUGGACACUCCUGGGUGAAGAAGAGCUAAGCAGGAGCCUAUUGCAGUCGGUCCAGGAGGCUCUAGAGGAGAGGAGCCUGACCAUCCGGCCAGCCGCGGGCCUGCAGGGAGGAGCAGAGCAGCCCGACUCCCCGGAUGAUGCUGUGGGAACCAUCAAGCGGGCCCCAUUCAUGGGGCCGUCCCCCACCCAGCCUCCCACUGAGGAUUCUCCUUCUAGAAGCCCCUCAGGUCUGGGAGCCCCACCCCCACCUCCGCCCCUCCCAGAUCCCGGCAGCUCCCCACUGCUGCCCACUGCCUGGGCCACCAUAAAGCAGCGGGAGGACCCCCAGGGGUCGUCCUGCCAUGGGCUCCCCCCAACCCCCAAAGUGCACAUGGGCGCCUGCUUCUCCAAGGUGUUCAAUGGCUGCCCACUCCGCAUCCACGCUGCAGUCACCUGGGUUCACCCUGUGACUCGGGACCAGUUCCUGGUCGUGGGGGCCGAGGAAGGCGUGUACACGCUCAACCUGCAUGAGCUACAUGAGGAUACACUGGAGAAGCUGAUUUCCCACCGCUGCUCCUGGCUCUACUGUGUGAACAACGUGCUGCUGUCACUCUCAGGGAAGUCCUCACACAUCUGGGCCCACGACCUCCCUGGCCUGUUUGAGCAGCGCCGGCUGCAGCGCCAGGUCCCACUCUCCAUCCCCACCAACCGCCUCACCCAGCGCAUCAUCCCCAGGCGCUUUGCCCUGUCUUCCAAGAUCCCUGACACCAAAGGUUGCCUGCAGUGUCGCGUGGUGCGCAACCCCUACACGGGCAGCACCUUCCUGCUGGCUGCGCUGCCUGCCAACCUGCUCCUGCUACAGUGGUAUGAACCGCUGCAGAAAUUCCUGUUGCUGAAGAACUUCUCCAGCCCCUUGCCCAGUCCCUGUGGGAUGCUGGAGCCGCUGGUGCUGGAUGGCAAAGAGCUGCCGCAGGUGUGCGUGGGGGCCGAGGGGCCUGAGGGGCCCGGCUGCCGCGUCCUCUUCCAUGUCCUACCCUUGGAGGCUGGCUUGACGCCUGACAUCCUCACCCCGCCAGAGGGAAUCCCGGGCUCGGCCCAGCAAGUGAUCCAGGUGGACCGGGACACCGUCCUGGUCACCUUUGAACGCUGCGUGAGGAUCGUGAACCUGCAGGGCGAGCCCACGGCCACGCUGGCGCCCGAGCUGACUUUUGACUUCCCCAUUGAGACUGUGGUGUGUCUGCAGGACAGUGUGCUGGCCUUCUGGAGCCACGGCCUGCAGGGUCGCAGCCUGGACACGAAUGAGGUGACCCAAGAGAUCACGGACGAGACAAGGGUCUUCCGAGUGCUUGGGGCCCACAGGGACAUCAUCCUGGAGAGCAUUCCCACCGACAACCCCGGGGCGCACAGCAACCUCUACAUGCUCACAGGCCACCAGAGCAGCUACUAGACCUGCACAUCCGGGGCACACAGCCCUGGCUCCCACUCGGCUCCUCGUGAAGGGGGUUGGGGUGGGCAGUGAGCCCUGGAGUCCCUCCCCCCUCCCAGCACAACUCAGCAAUAACUGGAACAGGGCAGACCACGCUCACACGGACAGCCCGUGGUCAGGGAAGGACUGGACUGGUCUGGCUAAUGCAUUCCAUUUUAUUCCAUAUUUUCUUUUAGCUGAGAGUCUGCCCCUCAGCCCGUACUGGGACAGGGGAUUUGAAAGAGAACUAUGUUGUCAUUAAAGUUGGUUUGUCUUA